CAACAUAAACAUGUGCUGAGUAAAUUUAUUCAUAAAAUCGGGGCUCGAUUGAAGAAGAAUUUUGGGUUUUUCCUCUCGGCGACUUGUGGCGAGUGCUGACUGCUCGACUAGUCUUCAUAGCUGUGGUCCUUGUUAUUGCCUAAUCUUUUCCUUUGCUUUCUCCCUCUGUUUGAUCGUUCAUCUCUUCUGGUCAUUGUUGGUGUUUUAUCAAGAUUGGGAUGUGAAGGGAUGGUGAUAUUAAUUGCAGAAGAGUCAAAGUAGGAAAAUCUCCACAAAAUAGGAUCCAGGACUUUCGAUAUCUUCUAUUUCAGAAAAAACAGGACUUUCGAUAUCUAAUGAGGACACUGGAGAUGAGUUGAACUGGCUUGUUGCUAGAGUUUUUUGAUACCAUAUAUAGUCAAUGGCUCGUAAAGGUAACCGACAGAAGUACAGAAAAGGAGUUUCAGAUUCUGGAUCUGGAUUGCUAAAUGAGAAUGAAAACAGUAAUCUGACUGAGGCAGAAGGAAAAAAUGCUGAAGAACCUUUUAAUGGCAACCUUUCUGGCAUAUCUUUAACCGAGAGCUUAAACAAUACACAUGAAAGUGAAGGCAAGAAGAAAAGCAAGCACAAAUCUAGAAGAUCAAUUAAAAAGGAAAAGGAAGGUACUGAUGCAUUGUCGAUUGCAGAGGAAACAGGGCCUGAAGGCACUGAUGCAGGAAUUUUCCAAAGUCAUAAAAGUAGAGGAGUGGAUCCCGAGUCAAGAAAAGGAGUUGACACAUCAACACAGACUUGUAACCACUCAGAUAACUCAAAGGGAUGUUUUGAUCACGUAGGAACAGGACUGGAUGGAGACAAUACAUUAGAAAAUUUUAAAGUGUCUAUUAUGGUUGUUUUUAGGAACUUGAUGAUGUUGGCUCUGUGUGCCUCAAAGUUAUCAAUUCAGUGGUUAGAGAGGUGGAGACCUUUGCUUGACCCUUUGAAGAGCAAUUUAUUAGUUGCGACUGGGUAUGUUCAAGGAAAGGUUCAGCAAGCAUACCCUAUAGUGGUUAGGUGGAUCAUGCAUUUUGGAAAUAUAAUGCUUUUAUUAUCAAUGGUUUGGUUGGAUUGUGCCCUUAGAGGAAUUGAGUCCUUUCUAUGUAUGGGGAUGACAUCAAUUCUCUCAGUCAUCUGGUGUGGUGUUCUUUCUUUGAUUGCAGGUGCUAAAUUCAAGUUUCUAUUAAUUUUGGCAGCAGUUGCUGUUAUUGGACUUCUUACUGGGUUCAUCAUCGCAGUUCUAGGAGUUGCUGCAGCGAGUAUCAGUUACUUGUGGUUCUAUGGAAGAUUUUGGGCAGCAGUUCUUCUGGUCUUGAGUGGAGGAGCUCUUUACAGGUUGAACCAUGAACGGCUUGCAGUGUUUGUCAUAACUUUGUAUUCUGUAUAUUGCGCAUGGACAUAUGUUGGAUGGAUUGGUUUGAUCUUCGUUUUGAAUUUGUCAUUUAUUUCGAGUGAUGUUCUCAUAUUCUUCUUAAGAAACAAUGUAAAUGAGCGAAGAAGGGCCCACAGCUUUUCUGAUCAAACAACUGGAGUACAAGGUGAACCUAGCUUCUGUUCUAGUGGAUCAGUGCCUCCAGCUGCUGAUGAUGGGUACGUUCAUCCCGUCGAUCGUGAAACUGGCAUCCCUUCAACUAGUGGAUCUGAUGCUGAGAUGACUUCCGAAGAUGAAGUUCUCAGAUUGUUAAAGAGUACAGAUCACUAUUCAGCACUGGGCCUAAUGCGAUUCCAGAGUAUAGAUGCUUCAGUUCUCAAGAGAGAAUAUAGGAAAAAGGCAAUGCUGGUCCAUCCUGACAAAAAUAUGGGUAAUGAAAAGGCUGCUGAAGCUUUUAAGAAACUUCAAAAUGCCUAUGAGGUUUUACUUGAUUCCUUAAAAAGAAAAGCAUAUGAUGAUGAUUUGAGGAGGGAAGAGCUGGUAAAUUACCUUCGUCGGUUUCAAAGUCCUUCUCAAAAGGGUAAAGGCUAUGGCUUCUUCACCUCUGGCUUCACACAGACAGAAGCUGAGGGCGAGGAUCCUCUUGGAGAAGCUCGACGACUUACUUGCAAAAAGUGUGGCAACUUUCAUGUCUGGGUUGUCACUAAGAAAACAAAGUCCAAAGCAAGAUGGUGCCAGGAAUGCAAAGAUUUUCAUCCAGCAAAAGAUGGAGAUGGAUGGGUUGAACAGCCUUCACAUCCAUUCUUUUUUGGAAUGCUACUGAAGGUAGAUAAUCCUGUUGCCUAUGUUUGUGCUGAUAGCAGGAUCUAUAACGCAACUGAAUGGUAUAUCUGUCAGGGAAUGAGAUGUCCGGUCAACAGUCACAAGCCAAGCUUUCAUGUAAAUACUAGUGUAACCUUGAAGAACAGCAAUGGGAAGAGAAGUAGCUCAGGACAAAAAGGUGGGAUGCCAAUGCCAAAUAUGGAAGAGACCAUGACCGAGGAAGAAUUUGUUGAGUGGCUACAGAAUGCGGUACAAGCUGGUAUGUUUGAUGAUUUUGAUGGAAGCACGCCACAGAGCCCAUCUACACCAGCUGGAAGUACCUCCAAGAGUACUAGUACGAGCAACGGUAGUGGAAGUGGAAACAAGAGAAAGAAAAAGGGGAAGAAGCAAUGGUGAGUGUGAAGCUCACUCUGACCCUACCUCGUUGAAUUGUUCGAAGACUGAGACAGCUAGACAAGAGCCAAAAUUAACCUGAUACUGGCCUGGAAUUGACUUGACCCCAUGAUUUCUGUCAGACGAAGAAUCGUCUAGCAUGUUCUAGGUCAGUUUGAAAUAGAUUGUAGUCUCAUUUUUUGGGUAAAUGUUCCUAUCAUGAGCUGGGAAAUGAGAGCAUGAGAGAGAUGCCUGUUGAAAACGAAAUGAGGCUACUCCAACCAAAAAGAGUUAUGAUUACAAUCCCGCUAAAAUUGGUCUGAUGGUUUAUUUUAUCUGCCUCGGCGUGAAAGUGCCAGCACAACUUACAUGUUUUUGUACUAGUUUUCUGAGGAUUCCUUACAAUACCAGGGCUACAUAACAUCUCCAACAAAUUGAUAUAAAGCAGAGAAUUCACAAACCCUUUUCUUGGUUA